UUUGAGACAAAAAGAAAACAGAGAUUGUAAAGAUAAGACUUGGGGGAUAAUUAACAGCUAAUUCAGACUCAACAUACAUAUUGUUAUAUCCCACCAUUCAUUGGUUGUCAAGAAGGGAGGAGAUAUAUGUUUAGUAUAUGUAUAUGUGUGAGGUCUUGGAUGUGAGGACCAUUAUAUAAAAGGUGUUUACGCUUCAAAGCAGUCCGUCCCAGUUACGUCCAAGAAUGAAUCUAUGCGUUUCGAUCACGGUCAUUAUGUGGUCAGUAUUGGCCGUGAUGAUGACCAGCUUAGAGAUCACUCCACCUGAGCUGCAGGUGCUCCAGGCCUUGCACUGUCCACCUUGCGAACGCAUUCAUUGCUCCCCACCGAAGCUCCGGUGUCGAGGUGGCAUCACCACUGGGAUUUGUGGCUGUUGUCCAGCUUGUGCCAAACUUGAAGGUGAAAGCUGCGGAGGGACCUGGGACUACCUGGGGAAGUGUGAUGAAGGUCUGGUGUGCGUUUACCAAGAAGGUGCAGAUGGCAAAGCAGAGGAACGCAAGGGAACUUGCAAACCAGUGCUUGAGGUUCUCAAAACCAACACUUGUCGCCCCGACUGCAUGUGGGAGUACUGCCAGUCAAACCCCAACGAGAUUUGCUCAGCAAGAUCUGUAUCAAUGAAAAAGCGUGAGUGUGGAGGUCACUGCCAGCACACCACCUGCUCCAGCUGUCUGCUUCUCAUACCACCAUCAUGUCCUCAGUCCUGUUCCCCGACAGAUCACGUCUGUCUCCAUCGCUUUGGCAGAUGUGUACGUGGUCACCUAACUGAGGAAAAACACCCUCCCAUCUGUCACCAGAACCUACAGAGUAAAUCUGAGGGAUUCUUUGUGUGUUUGGCACCUGCCUGUCCAACUACAGCAAACUGA